CCUUGACUCCUUCAAUACUCAAGCUCGAUUCCUCGAACCCAUUCAGCACAUUGAAGCUCAAUUCACUUGCACCUACGCAAAACACACCUGAUACGAGUCAUCGUCAACUGCAUAUACCUACCGCCUAUAAAUCAUCCACGCCAGAGACUGAAUCCAACUUGCUACGGCAUUCUGCUACGAAACCCACCAAAAUCAAACAAUCCAAACAACCGCCAUCAUGCCUUCCGGCUACAUCUUCACCGAAUCCGCCCCCUCACAGUCCACCUUCUACCGCUCCGGCCGUGGCGGCGCCGGCAACACAUUCCGCACCACAUCCUCAACCUCGUCCUCAUCCUCAUCCUCAUCCUCGCCCGCCGCAACCUUCACCCCCCGCCAGCUGCCCAGCCAGCGCUUCUUCUCGGGCAUCGGCGGCGCCGGCAACGUCCACCAGGCGGCCGAGCUGCAGCCCGCGAUCCUGCGCUCGCUGGAAACGCCCGCCGACCACAACCCGUCCGUGGGCUACGUCGGCCGUGGCGGUGCGGGCAACGUCUACCGCCGCAAGACGAGCGACGCCGGCAGCAUGUCGAGCGCCGACAGCGCCUCCAGCUCGGUGAGCGACAAGGCCAAGCUGUGGGCAACGCGAGUGGCCAGUUCUUUUGGACGCAAGUAGGAGCAGGACAUACAUGACUGCUACUACAUUGCCUGCUGGACCGGCGAAACAGAGACUCGGCGUUGAACUUGGACUUGGGAAUUGGGAAUUGGGCACCUUGGAAGCGAUACUACUACAUACAACAUACAACAAAUAAUCUAAAAAAGCAACAACUCAAAGACACCAAUUUGGUGUUGAUUGGGGUUACGAUUACGACCAGCGCACUGCAUGCGGAGCAACUGCCAUGCUACCGCGUUUUAUUAUUACUACUAUACCCGCCUGGACUUGAAUUAGGCUAAGCAAGGGAGAGGAGAGGUGGACUGCAUAUCUGGGAUUUGCGAAUAGGAGUUGAACACGGAUCGGCAGAUGAUCCUGAGAAUAACAGGGGAAAAAAGUUACUUGAAGACGCAUAUAUACCAUACAUACAUAGUUGACGACGAUCAAUAUUAAAAGAUUCUCCUCAUUGAUUU